AUGGAGUCGGACGACGAUUUUAUGAGUGUCGCGUCUAGCCAUGAUGAUUUCUUGGGUACUCAGGGCAGCGACGAUGAGAGCCUAGGUGAUGAUUUUGGAGAUGAUUUCGAUGGCGGCUUCUCGAAAGACAAAGAUAUCGUCACAACGGCGCGGAAACCAUACGAGGUUGAUUUCAAAGUGCUUAGUCCGGAGGAUAUCGAACGCGAACAAAACCUACAGGUCAACGAGGUCUCAUCGAUCCUCGGAUUACCACCAGAGUCAGCAGCAAUUCUCCUGCGGUUUGGCCGCUGGAAUCGGGAAAAGCUGAUAGAAUCGUACAUGGAUCAUCCGGAACGAACGCUGGAUGAUGCCGGCCUAGGGACGAACUUCGAAUCAACCCCAAAAACCGAGGUGGUGCCAGGUUUCAUGUGUGAUAUCUGCUGCGAAGACGGGGAUGACCUCGAGACGUACGCCAUGCGCUGCGGUCAUCGCUUUUGCGUCGGCUGCUAUCGGCAUUACCUCGCGCAGAAGAUUCGCGAGGAGGGAGAAGCCGCCAGAAUACAGUGUCCGGGUAAUGGUUGUCAUAUGAUUGUCGAUUCCAAGUCUUUAGGAUUACUUGUUACAGAUGCCUUGAAGGAUAGAUAUCGAACGCUUUUGACGAGGACCUACGUUGAUGACAAGGAAAAUCUCAAGUGGUGCCCCGCCCCCAAUUGCGAAUACGCAGUCGAUUGUCCUGUCAAGCAACGUGAGCUGGCUCUCAUUGUACCCACAGUACAGUGCGAGUGCAAGCAUCACUUUUGCUUUGGAUGUUCGCUGAACGACCAUCAACCUGCGCCGUGUCAACUAGUCAAAAUGUGGUUGAAGAAGUGCGAGGACGAUUCCGAGACGGCCAACUGGAUCUCGGCGAAUACCAAGGAGUGCCCUAAAUGUAACUCCACGAUCGAAAAGAACGGCGGGUGUAACCACAUGACGUGCCGCAAGUGUAAACACGAGUUCUGCUGGAUGUGCAUGGGUUUGUGGUCAGAGCACGGUACGAGCUGGUACAACUGCAAUCGAUUCGAAGAGAAAUCAGGGUCCGACGCACGAACUGCACAGGCUCGCUCCCGGGCGUCUCUUGAGCGUUACUUACAUUACUAUAAUCGAUAUGCCAACCACGAGCAGUCCGCCAAGCUCGACAAAGACCUAUAUCUCAAGACAGAGAAGAAAAUGACGAGUCUGCAGUCUCAGUCCGGCCUUUCUUGGAUUGAAGUGCAGUUCCUUGACACGGCGUCGCAAGCCUUGCAGCAAUGUCGACAAACACUGAAAUGGACGUACGCAUUCGCCUACUAUCUGGCUCGGAACAACCUAACGGAGAUUUUUGAAGACAAUCAAAAGGAUUUGGAGAUGGCGGUUGAGAGUCUCAGUGAGAUGUUUGAGAAACCUGUGCCGGAACUGGCAAACCUCAAAGUCGACAUCUUGGACAAGACAUCAUACUGCAAUAAACGACGGGUCAUUCUUUUGAGCGACACCGCAGAAAACCUGAAGAAUAGUGAAUGGACAUUCAAUGUUGACUGGUAG